AUGGCAAUGGUAUAUCUCAACCAAAGUAGCAUCGCUGUACCUAUGGCCGACUACCAUCACUUAGAUUUGUCAACAAUUUCAGAUGCAUCAAUUUCAGAUGCAUCAAUUUCAUCAAUUUCAAAUGCAUCAAUCUCAGAUGCAUCAAUUUCAGACGCAAUUUCAGAUGCAACAUUGGAUUGCAAACCUGAACAACCCAUAGUACCAUCAAGCCAUCCUACAGAUCGUAAACACAAGAUUCGAAUCUUUACCUUGGAAAGUUUGACCGAUUUGCUUAAUGGUGUCCAAAUUUCCUUUGAUGGAAAUCAUAAUGAUAUGACACAGUUGUGGUCUCAAGAAGAGUUGAAUGUUCGACGAAGAGUGGUUCAAUUUUUUAAAACUAGAGCAAAAAAACGAAUUAUGGCUUCUUUUAAAGCUGUUGAUCCAAUUGAACUGCCUAAUAAUGGUAUUUUUGUUUCCUGCCUUUAUUGGUAUGAUAAGAAAACACAAUGUGAUAAAUGGUAUUUCACUUCAACGGAUUAUCUAAAUUUACUUGAAAGUCUAACAGGAAUUAGACUUACUUCAGAUGAAAAGAAUCGAAUUCGUCGUAAUCUUGAAGAAUAUAAACCAAUAACAGUUGGUAAAAAUAAGAAUGAUAGUGAUGAUAUAUAUAAAGAUUUGAUGUCUUAUUCAUUUGCAAAACCAAGAAAUGCGGAAAAAGACAUCAAGAUUUAUGAAUGGAGGCAUCUAUUACAUGCCAUAGAUAAAAUAAUUAAAAAAUAUUCAGGUAAAAAAAGAAGAAAUAAAUAA